ACCAAGUCUGAGCCCAAUCUCGCGCGUAGACGUCGUCAAUCCCAGCGUGCUGCACGCUGUAGUAUCUCUUUCACAGCUGAGACAACGCUUCCGGCCUCCCGGCCACCGCUGUCGCCGCUGCUAGCCGGCAGAGCUACCCGGUUGACAGAGCUUGUUUGAAAACCGAGCGCGUAGCGAUGGAAUUGCCGCCGGGCUGGCAGACCGAUGGCUCCAUGUAUCAUGGUCUCUCCCUCAGCUUGGUGACCGCACGAGGCAGGUCGACGGCGGAGGUCGUGGCGUGGCUGCCGGCGGCGAAAAGCGACCGCACGGAUUUCUUCGGCGAGCCCGUGCCCCUCUUCCGCGUCCGCUAUGUCGACGGCGCGACGCCGGGCUUCGAGGUGGACCUCGAGUUGUCCGAGGUGCGGGACAGUCUCACGGAAGCGUCGCGCGCGAAACUCGGCAUGCCGGCGCUCGCGCCCGCGCCCGCGGCGCCGCCGAUCUCGCCCCUGUCCGCGGCGCUCGCGCCCGCCGUCGCGCCGGCCGUGGCGACGCCCGUCGCGCCGCCGCCGCCGCCGCCGCCACCACCGACCACAACAGAUGACUGCCGCGCGUGCCGCGGCGCCCACUCGAAGCACACGUGCGGCAAGGCCCGCGGGCCGCCAAGCAGUCCGAGACCGGUGCCACCACCAGACGCCAAGCCGAAGAUGAAGAAGCAGUCGGGCUACAUCUACCACAACGCCCAGCAGCGGGAGGCGGCGCGGGCGGCCGUCGAGGCCGAGGCGCCCGAGCUCUCGACGCAAGAAAAGAGCCAGGCCGUCAUGAAGAAGUUGGCUGAUAUGUGGAACGCGUUGGACGAUGCCGCCAAGCAGAAGUAUUCGGAAGACGCGCCGCUCGUCGAGGUCAAAGAAAGGAAGAAGCCCGCCGCCGCCGCGCCCGCGGUGCAAGUGACCGCUGCGCCGGCCGAGGAAGUGGAGCCGCCGGCGACGAUGGAGGGCUUGGAUCUACCAGCCAAACCCACGGACUGGCCCAAGGAGCUGGGCCAGGCCCUGCGCGCGGCGCGCGUGCCCUGCGCGUUCGUGUCGCCCAAUCCAAAAAGAGCGCGCGGGAACACGUCGAACUCUGUGUUGGACUACGACCAGUACAUGACGGCCACGACGGUCGACGAGUUCUUCUCCCGAAAAGGCAACUGGGGCCACCUCAAGUACGACGUGCAGUCCGCCGCGGCGUCCUCUCGAUCGUCCGCCGCGUCGACGGCGUGGAGGCUGAUGCGAGUGUCGUACGCCAUCGCGUCGCGUCGACGGCGUCGAGCGUGCCACACGCAGGCGGGGCUACUGCACGCUCGACGCGGCGAAAUUAGAUGAGUGCUGGCUCAGCGUCCGGGACAAGUGCGUCCCGAAGGCGGCGCGCGCGCCCAAAAAAAAGACAAUCGAGGUCGUCGACGCCGACGGCCGCGGCAUCGUUGUUGAAAGUAGAACGCGGGGCAAGAAGCGGCGCAUCGUCUUCGACCCGUCGCCCGAGUCGCCCGACCAAAUACCGCCCCCACCAAAGCCGAAACAACCGCAAAAGCGCGUCGGCAACUUCGCGAAUUCUGAAGAGGUCUACGCAUUGUUACCAGCAAAACCAAUGGAACAGCCUGCCUUUUCCCACAACUUCGACGAGCUCGUCACGAAGCUCGACGCCGCGACGGGCUGCGCGAAGGACGCCUGCGUGGCUCGUUUAUCACUGAAAGCGGGCGACGUAUUGCGAGAUCCGGGCACGUUCGGGUGCGAAGGUGUGGGUGAGGACUUUGAGAUUGUCGGAGACGUCUGCUUCUCGGUCAAAGAUUCUCGUACUCGGAGAUUAGUGCGCCACGACCAGCCCAAUGUACGAUUGGAGGUCGUCGACGGUCUGGUCGAUACGAUCGGCUGGCGGCUGUUGGUCGAUCUGGAGCCGGGCGCGCCGUUAGUUGCAGCUCUACCAAUACGUCGACCGGCGCCGCCGAAGCCUGCUGAACCGUAUAAACCUCCAGAAGCUGUCGGGAUGGUCAUCGAUCACGGAGCGGAUUCGUCGGACGAAGAACCGGAACCGAUCCCCAAGCCCGAGAAGGAGAAGUUUUUGGCGCCUACAAUAGAACAGCAGCGCAAGGAGCCGAAGCUGCCGCCGCCUCCGUUGAAGAUCGUGGAUCCGCGGCCGAAACGGACGUACGCCGACGUCGAUCGCGUGAGGUGGAUCGCCGGCUUGUAUCCAAAUGAACCGCCUCCGGAGGACUUUGAUCUUGUCGUUAGGGUGCCGUCGCUCUUCUUGCCUUAUGGCGGAUUGUCGACGCCUUCUGUACAACGCUCGCAUCGGCCCUUCUUCCGGCCGCACCAGUUUCUUGCCGAAAGGUACUUCGAGGUGCCCGAGGAGGUGAGACGGCCCGUGAUGAAUUUAGAUUGGCACACGGAGGCGUGGGUCUCAAAAAGGGCCGAGCGCCGCGCCGCGGCGUUGGCUCAUAGGUUGGCGACGGGGAGCGAAGCGGAUAGCGAUUAAUGUAUGGCGUGUUUUA